AUGUCCGGCCCGCGCGCCGGCUUCUACCGGCAGGAGCUGAACAAGACGGUGUGGGAGGUGCCGCAGCGGCUGCGGGGGCUGCGCCCGGUGGGCUCGGGCGCCUACGGCUCCGUCUGCUCGGCCUACGACACGCGGCUUGGCCAGAAGGUGGCGGUGAAGAAGCUGUCGCGCCCCUUCCAGUCGCUGAUCCACGCGCGGAGGACCUACCGGGAGCUUCGGCUGCUCAAGCACCUGAAGCACGAGAACGUCAUCGGGCUGCUGGACGUCUUCACCCCAGCCACCUCCAUAGAGGACUUCAGCGAAGUGUACCUGGUGACCACCCUGAUGGGCGCCGACCUGAACAACAUCGUCAAGUGCCAAGCGCUGAGCGACGAGCACGUUCAGUUCCUCGUGUACCAGCUGCUGCGCGGGCUGAAGUACAUCCACUCGGCCGGGAUCAUCCACCGGGACCUGAAGCCCAGCAACGUGGCCGUGAACGAGGACUGCGAGCUCAGGAUCCUGGACUUCGGGCUGGCCCGCCAGGCAGAGGAGGAGAUGACCGGCUACGUGGCCACACGCUGGUACCGCGCCCCUGAGAUCAUGCUCAACUGGAUGCACUACAACCAGACAGUGGACAUCUGGUCUGUGGGCUGCAUCAUGGCCGAGCUGCUCCAAGGAAAAGCUCUCUUCCCGGGAAAUGACUAUAUCGAUCAGCUGAAGCGCAUCAUGGAGGUGGUGGGCACGCCCAGCCCUGAGGUUCUGGCCAAGAUAUCGUCGGAACACGCCCGGACCUACAUCCAGUCCCUGCCGCCCAUGCCCCAGAAGGACCUCAGGAGCAUCUUCCGCGGAGCCAACCCGCUGGCCGUGGACCUCCUGGGCAGGAUGCUGGUGCUGGACAGCGACCAGAGGGUCAGCGCAGCGGAGGCCCUGGCCCAUGCCUACUUCAGCCAGUACCACGACCCGGACGACGAGCCUGAGGCCGAGCCCUACGACGAAAGCGUGGAGGCGAAGGAACGCACCGUGGAGGAGUGGAAGGAACUCACCUACCAGGAGGUGCUCAGCUUCAAGCCCCCGGAGCCGCCGCAGCCGCCGGGCUGCCUGGACAUGGAGCAGUGA